ACCGGAAACAUUAUUUACUCGAAAAAAAAUGAUUUUAUCCAAUACGCAAUGCAACCGUGAAACGUCUCAGACGCAUGAUGUUGAAAUUUCAUCGAAAAAGUCGUUGCAGCUGCGUGACGUCGACUGACUAGAGCAGUUUUGGCGGCAGCGGCAUGUGACAGUUGCAAGUUGUUGCUCUCGUUCAAAAAUACGACUUGUGCAGGGUCGCGCGAAAACGCUUACAAACGAGCCUCCUGCUUACAGCACUUUUUCUAUUUAUUUAUUACAUUUUUUAUCUUGACUCGUCCCGUUCGUCGUCACAAUGACCGAAGAAUUGGAUCUGGCUGCUAUUUUCAAAACUUUAAAUCCUCUAUUUUGGAAGAAGGCUCGAUUAGAAACCUUCAAACACUGGCCUUUUGGCAAUGAGCAUCAGUGCAAUCCUGAUAGUAUGGCUGCGGCUGGCUUCUUCGCCGUUGGCGGUGAAGAUGAACCAGAUCUAGCAGAGUGCUUCAUGUGCAGAAAGCAGCUUGAUGGCUGGGAGGCUGAGGAUGAUCCUUGGCAAGAACACCAGAAGCAUCAGUCAAACUGCUCAUUUGUGCAAAUGAACAAAAAAGAUGAAGGGCUGUUGACAGUGAAAGAAUUGUUUCAGCUAAUGCAAGAAUAUCAUAGUGGUAGAUUGUUGCUUGAAUUUGACAAAGCUGCAGAAAGUAUGAGAAAAGUUUGGCAAGAUGCAUCAAAGGAGAUUCCAGACAUAUUCGAAAAACUAUCAAACCAUUAGAUCAUAAGUUGUACUCCUAUAUUCAAGAUGUAUUUACGUAACAUAUACAUAUAAUUUUAGAUAGUGAUUUUAAGCAUAUAGUAUUUUGUAUGUUAUUAUUUUAUACUGAUAAAGGUUUAUAGAAUGAUUUUUUAUCGCCAAUUUCCACUUUGUGUGUAAAUAUAUUGGAUUAAUACUUGCAAAGUAAAA